AUGUGUGGUAUUUUUGCAUGCUACAACUACCAAGGCAACGUUGAAGACUUCCGCCAACGUGCUCUGUACCUUUCCAAGAAGAUCAGACACCGUGGUCCCGAUUGGUCUGGUUGCUUCGUUGGCAAGAACACUAUUCUUGCUCACGAACGUCUUGCUAUCGUUGGUGUCGAUUCUGGUGCCCAGCCUCUUGUCAGCGAUGAUGAGAACUUGGUUCUCUGUGUCAACGGUGAAAUCUAUAACCACAAGCAGCUUGCACGCAACUUGAAGACAACCCCUGUCUUCAAGACCCACUCUGACUGUGAAGUCAUCAUGCAUUUGUACAAUGAAAUGGAUACCGAACUUGUUCAGCACUUGGAUGGUAUGUUCUCCUUUGUCCUUUUGGAUCAAAAGCGCAACCGUAUCAUUGCUGCCCGUGAUCCUAUCGGUAUCACCACUUUGUACUAUGGUUGGGAUUCCAAGAUGCCUGGUACCGUGUACUUUGCUUCCGAAUUGAAGGCUUUGAAUGAGGAGUGCGAUAAAAUCUUGGCUUUCCCUCCUGGUCACGUCUACGACUCCGAGACCGGUGAAACCACCCGUUGGUUCAACCCUUCUUGGUGGGAAGAAACCCGUGUGCCUUCUGCCCCUGCCAACCUCAAGCUUAUCAGAGAAUCACUCGAAAAGGCUGUGCGCAAGCGAUUGAUGGCUGAAGUUCCUUAUGGUGUUUUGUUGUCCGGUGGUUUGGAUUCCAGCUUGAUUGCCGCUAUUGCUGCAAGAGAAACCGAUAAGAUCGCUUCUGGUGCCACAUCUCCUGAAAGCGACGAUGAUAGAUAUGAUUCGAGCGGUCCUACUUUGUGGCCUCGUCUUCACUCGUUUUCUAUUGGUCUUCCGGGAUCCCCCGAUUUGAUUGCCGCCCGCGAAGUGGCCAAGCACUUGAACACCAUCCAUCAUGAAUACACUUUUACCAUUCAAGAAGCCUUGGACGCCGUCAACGAUGUCAUUUACCACCUUGAAACUUACGAUGUUACCACCAUUCGCGCUUCUACUCCCAUGUAUCUUUUGUCACGUAAGAUCAAGGCAAUGGGUGUGAAGAUGGUGUUGUCUGGUGAAGGUGCCGACGAAGUGUUUGGUGGUUACCUUUACUUCAACGCCGCUCCUGAUCGUGAAGCCAUGCACGCCGAAACCGUCACUCGUGUCAAGAACUUGCAUACCUCCGAUUGUUUGCGUGCUAACAAGUCCACCAUGGCUUGGGGUUUGGAAGCUCGUGUGCCGUUCUUGGAUAAGCAAUUCUUGGAAGUUGCCAUGAACAUUGAUCCCGCAGAGAAGAUGCACGACCGCAGCAAAGGCCGAGCAGAGAAAUAUAUCUUGCGCAAGGCAUUCGACACCUCCGAUGAUCCCAGUGCCAAGCCCUACUUGCCCGACAGCAUCCUGUGGCGCCAGAAGGAACAGUUCUCAGACGGUGUUGGUUACAGCUGGAUUGAUACAUUGAAGGAAAUCAGCUUACAAAAGGUCACUGAUGAAGAAUUCGCUACCGCAUCCCAGAGAUAUACCAAGGACGCACCCACCACAAAAGAAGCAUUCAUGUACCGUGUCAUGUUCGAGAAGUGGUUCCCUCAGGAAGCUUGCACAGCCAGCGUUGUCCGAUGGGUUCCCAGAGCCGAUUGGGGCUGCCCUGAAGAUCCUUCUGGUCGUGCUCAAAAGGUUCACGAAGCUGCUUAUGAUGGUCAAUAG